AUGGCCCACUGGAGAGAGGAGUACUUGGCCGCUCUGGCGGCUCGCGAUCACCGAGAGAAAGCCAACCUCGCUAUCUACAAUGCAUAUACCCAACUUGCUGAUCGGACCGCCCAAGCCGCAAACACCGGAAACAAUGCCCCAGGAUCAGGCACGGCCGAGUCCCAGGGCUCUCAACCACCCUCGCCUGCGCUAUAUCCCAGAAAACGCCCAUCAAAGUCCUCGGAUAAUUCCCUCCAAGAAAUCCUGAUCACGACUCGAGCCGAGCUGUCGGAGGCGCAGCGAUCCCGCUCGGAGCUACAAGACCAGCUGACCCGCACAACCGUUGAGCUGGAGAAACUGCGGAAGAAGAGCACCCAGAAUACGCGACGGAUUGGCAGUUUAGAGAACGAGGUCGCACACUUACAACUGCGCCUGAAGGAUCGUGAUGAGGAGCUUAGAGGCAAGGCGAAGUUGCUAGACGACUUCCAAGAUGAACUAGCAUCCCUCACCCUGCAGUUGAACAUGGCCGAAGAGCGGUCCGAUAAGCUGAAAGAAGAGAACCAACACCUCGUGGAUCGUUGGAUGGCUCGGAUGCACAAGGACGCAGAAGCUAUGAACGAUGCUUCCAGGUUCUCAUGA